UAGGUAGUCUAAAACAUUUGGCAACAGGAAAAGGUAGAAAGAAGGGCCUAAAAAUUACCUCAGCCCCACUGUUGAAAGGAUGUUAAUGUGAAUAUUUUGGUGUAUUCCUUCCCAGGUUUUUUUUUCUUUUCUUAAAUAUGAGCUUUGAGACAUUUAGGUUCCUGGGUGGUGUAAUUUGCAGUAAAUGUUGAUUAGAGAUUUUAUUUUUCAGUGCUUAUUUCCCCGUAGGACACGCCAAUUUGAUUUUGAUUCUCUCACAAUAUUACCUUUUCUUAUGUAGGAAAAUUAUUAAAGUGGCCUUGUUUAUUUAAAAUAACCAGAAUUACAGUAUUUAUAGAAAUGUUAAUUUUGUAUUAUUGAUACGAUACAUAUAACAUGUGGGCAAUAGGAAUGAUAUAUGAUUAGUCACCAAUCAAUAAAACUAAUCAGUUUUUCGGUGCUGAAAAACUUAUAAUAAUUGUGUGCCAAGUUGAGCUACCCCUUUUUUUUUAAAAAAACAAAACUAUCUGAGCUUGGAUGCGGUAAAAAUUAGAGGGUAAGAUGGAAAUACUGACAAAUACUUAACCAUAGCAUAGCAAUCUGUCACUAUAAUUUUCUUCAGAAAUAAAUGUUUUCAUUUGUCCUGUAAUGUCUGAAAUUACUGCCAAAGCUAGAAAUGUGUUUAGCUUUCUCAGCAAAAUUCUUAAGAGGAUAUUGUCAGAACCAACAAUUCAGAAUUAUCUUUACUCUUAAAGUUGUCCUUUGCCCACUUUUGUUUGCCCUGUUCUUUUUCUUACGAUUCUUUGAAUUAAUUUGCAGCUCAGCCAGAUAAGGCAGUGUUCCACUGAAUUGUCCUUUUCAGUAGAUUUGUCCGGGAGAUCCUUCAUUCCCUUCUUUCCCUUGCCCUUCAUUCUACUAGUCAUCAACAGCUCGGCAAAGACGGGCUGCAGACUCAGUGCCUGACUUCUUUCACGUGCCAGCAUGUCUGUGUAUCAUGAGGAGAAUCAGAAUUAUUUUCCUACCUUGAAGGCCAAUGAUGAGAAUUUCAGAGGAAGAGUUUUAACUUUAAUGAUUCACGGAAACAAUGUUGCAAACAAUGGUUCCUUUACAUUUAUAUAUCGUCUGCUCCAAGAAAAAACAUGGCUGCAAAGGAGAAACUGGAGGCAGUGUUAAAUGUGGCCCUGAGGGUGCCAAGCAUAAUGCUGUUGGAUGUCCUAUACAGAUGGGAUGUCAGCUCCUUCUUCCAGCAGAUCCAAAGAAGUAGCCUUAGUAACAACCCACUUUUCCAAUAUAAGUAUUUGGCUCUUAAUAUGCAUUAUGUAGGUUACAUCUUAAGUGUUGUGCUGCUAACCUUGCCCAGGCAGUACCUGGUUCAGCUUUACCUAUAUUUUUUGACUGCCCUGCUCCUCUAUGCUGGACAUCAAAUCUCCAGGGACUAUGUUAGAAGUGAACUGGAAUCCGCCUAUGAAGGACCAAUGUAUUUAGAGCCUCUCUCCAUGAAUCGAUUUACGACAGCCUUAAUAGGUCAGUUGGUGGUGUGCACUUUAUGCUCCUGUGUCAUGAAAACGAAGCAGAUAUGGCUCUUUUCCGCUCACAUGCUCCCUCUGCUCGCACGACUCUGCCUUGUUCCUCUGGAGACAAUUGUUAUCAUCAACAAAUUUGCUAUGAUUUUUACGGGAUUGGAAGUUCUCUAUUUUCUUGGGUCUAAUCUUUUAGUACCUUAUAACCUUGCUAAGUCUGCCUACAGAGAAUUGGUUCAGGUAGUGGAGGUGUACGGCCUUCUAGCCUUGGGAAUGUCCCUGUGGAAUCAGCUGGUGGUCCCUGUACUUUUCAUGGUUUUCUGGCUCGUCUUGUUUGCUCUCCAGAUUUACUCCUACUUCAGCACUCGAGAUCAGCCUGCAUCUCGGGAGCGGCUGCUUUUCCUUUUCCUGACAAGUAUUGCUGAAUGCUGCAGCACUCCUUACUCUCUCCUGGGUUUGGUCUUCACAGUUUCUUUUGUUGCCUUGGGUGUUCUGACCCUCUGCAAGUUUUACUUGCAGGGUUAUCGAGCUUUCAUGAAUGAUCCUGCCAUGAAUCGGGGCAUGACAGAAGGAGUUACGCUGCUCAUCCUGGCGGUGCAGACUGGUCUGAUAGAGCUGCAGGUGGUUCACCGGGCUUUCCUGCUCAGUAUUAUCCUUUUCAUUGUUGUAGCUUCUAUCCUGCAGUCGAUGCUGGAGAUUGCAGAUCCUAUUGUUUUGGCGCUGGGAGCAUCUAGAGACAAGAGUUUAUGGAAACACUUCCGUGCUGUGAGCCUUUGUUUAUUUUUACUGAUAUUCCCUGCUUACAUGGCUUACAUGAUUUGCCAGUUUUUCCACAUGGAUUUUUGGCUUCUUAUCAUUAUUUCUAGCAGCAUUCUUACCUCUCUUCAGGUUCUCGGAACACUUUUUAUUUAUGUCUUAUUUAUGGUUGAGGAAUUCAGAAAAGAGCCAGUAGAAAAUAUGGAUGACGUCAUCUACUAUGUGAACGGCACUUACCGCCUGCUGGAGUUUCUCGUGGCCCUUUGCGUGGUGGCCUAUGGCGUCUCGGAGACCAUCUUUGGAGAGUGGACGGUGAUGGGCUCCAUGAUCAUCUUCAUCCAUUCCUACUACAACGUGUGGCUCCGGGCCCAGCUCGGGUGGAAGAGCUUCCUUCUCCGCAGGGAUGCUGUGAAUAAGAUUAAAUCAUUGCCUCUUGCUACGAAAGAGCAGCUUGAAAAACACAAUGAUAUUUGUGCCAUCUGUUACCAGGACAUGAAGUCUGCUGUGAUCACGCCUUGCAGUCAUUUCUUCCACGCAGGCUGUCUGAAGAAGUGGCUGUAUGUCCAGGAGACCUGCCCUCUGUGCCACUGCCACCUCAAAAACUCCCCGCAGCUCCCAGGAUCAGGGCCUGAGCCGGCUCCACAACCACAUGCUGGAGCCGAGCAAAACGUUGCCCGUCAGGAAGGGCCCGAGCCCCUGGCUCCACAACCGCAAGCUGGAGUCCAGCAAAACAUUGUGGGUCGGGAAGGGCCUGAGCUGGUGCCACAAUCCCCUGCUGGAGCUGAGCAAAACCGUGUUCAUUGGGAAGAGACGGAGCCUGCUCCACAACGGCAUGCUGGGGCUGAGCAAAAUGCUGCGUGUUGGGAAGGAACUGAACCCCCAGAUGAAGAGUGUCCUCAAGGGACUGGGCUGCAAGAACAUUCCAGGGACAAUAAUGAAUGCAUUUCCAGCAGAUCAGGGAGCCAGGAAGGGACUUGUGAGCCCAGGGAAUACCCUCUUAGUGCAAAAGAUGAAGCACAUCCUGCUGGGGUCAGCCCAGAAGAGAAGCAGCAGGGGUAACGCUGUGUACUCUGGAGGGGAGGCUAACUCCUGAUGGAAUCUGCUCAGAUUUGAGGAACAAAUGUAUGGGGUGAUUAGGUGAGAAACUUGACAUUCCAAGGAUCUAAUCCAGGAAGUACUUACUCUCAGUGGAGACCACCUGCUUUCGUGCCCUUGACAUUGUGUGGGAGAAAUUUUGCAAUGUAUGCUAAUCAAAAUAUAUUUAUAUAUCCUAUGCUGAUGUUUUGUAGAGGUUUGCCAAGGAAAUUCAACCUCAACAACUUCAGAAGCUGCCCCUGAUUUGUAAGGGAUAAAAAAAUCAGAUUUGUGUGUCUGAAAGGAAGACAAAGAGCGUAAGGACAGUCUGGGAAGAGGCAGGCAGAAGUGAAACUGACAUUUCACCUUCUAUGGGACAGGAUCAUUCUUGCAGCAGAAUAUGAGUAGUGACCAGCCCCUUUCUUCACCCCCUUUCCCCUCAGCUAAUUGGAACUCAGUCUGGUGAUAAUAUUGAGUUUUGUACAGCACUGAUUGAAUUCAAAGAUAUAAAAGCAUUGAUUGUAUCCAGAGAUCAAAACACGCUCAUACUUGGUAUGUGCUUUGAGGGGGGUGGGGCACUUGGGUCUUGCGGGUACAUUCAUGUAAUCCGAGACUCUUGAACUUUCUGAUGGAGUCUUCGAUAUUUUGUGUAUAUGAAACUUUGUUAAUAUAUUGUACACUGUGUUGGCUGUGUGAAGUAAACUAAAACUCUCAUGAACACUUUGGAGUCCACGUUAGUGUGGGUGGGAGACCAAAGUGGGAAGGGCUUUAGGGCACUGAUAAAAGCCCUCGUGUACUUUUCAGUCCUGUGUAAUGUUUAGUUCUGGCAACCGAAUCUACAGUGUUAAAUUAUGGCAAUAUUUGCACUGGGGAAUGAGUACAUAACUGUAUGAUCACUCUCUGCAGAUGCCACUUUUAAAGCUGUUAAUAGACUUUGCACCUUUUCUUUGGCAAGGAUGUGUCAUAUUUAAAUUUUUACAUUCAUCAUGGCUACAGGUAGAACUGGGGAGGGGGGAAUGUAAUUUUUUAUGGAAUUUUGAUAUGAAAAGAAACUAGUCAUUUAUUUAUACAAUAGUCUUGGCUCAAAAAGUGUUUUUCAGACUCGGUAUUCCUAAUGUGGGAUGUGACUUUAUUUUAUUUUUAGUAGCAAAUUUGGAUGUAGACUGACAGACAUAGCUGAAUGUCUUAAUAAAUUUAAAUUUGAAGAUAA